AGGAAGUUGAAUCCCAUGUUUGAAGGUCACUUUCAGCACGAUGCCCAGGAACUGCUGCGCUGCCUGCUCUGUUAUGUUGAGGAUGCUGAGAAGGAGGUGCUGAGGGCUAAGGACAGAAUCAAAACAAAUAAUACCCUGGUCACAGUCCCCAACCCAUUUUGCUGUGAUAGAAGUCUAACAGAUGGGUCAGGCGCACAUCAGCCUAAAGGGGAUGCACAAGGGGAAGUGACCUUGAAAGGUGGGGACAGUCGAAGAAAGGACCCAGGGAAAGAGAUGAAAAGAGGCCGGGGAAGAUCGACGUCCAGUGCUCUUACCCCUAGGCACUUAAAUGAUGAUUCCAAAAAUUUGGCCGUUUGUGAAGUAAACAAUUUAUCAAAUCCCGUUCCUAGUCCAAACCCUGGACUAGAAAUUGAGAGCGUACUGGUAGGGGACACCAAAAUUAAUUUAUUAACGUCUGCGCCAUCAAGUAAACAAAAAAGGAAGCGAUCAAGAUCAGGCAGCCAGGGCAAAUCAGAUCAGCCUUCUUCCUCCCCGACCUUAAAUAGUCCCAGAGCAGGAAGUGUGACCCAUAAUACAAUAGUCAAGGUCAACAGUGUUGUUUCUCUGAGAAACGGGUCCAUAGUAAAAUUUAUGAGAUCUGUGGAUAAUGGAAACAGUGAACUCAAGGAAAAUCCUGUUGAAAGCAGGGCAGAAGGAAGGCCUUCGUUACAGGAGAAAGUGACGACUCUAAGCCACAAGUCAAAGAGUUCAGUACAUCAAAGCGCUGUCACCUCUCAGCCCAGCCUUAAUCCCAUCUUCCCAUUUAGUGAAAUGAAAUGUUUGGCUGUUAGAGGUAACACUGACAUCCUCAGCCAUGCCUUGCCUAUGACCUCGGGUCAACAUUUCAGUAACGGUGACAGCACGAACGGUGGUGAAAAAAGUCUGAACAAUAACAUCGACAGAUGUGGUGAUGACAACAACAACAAUGAGAAUGACUGUGAGACCAACAAAAAAGGGAAUGACUUGUUGAACGAUUCAGCAGAUCUUCCCAUAGAAAUAGUCAGUGACGGGGAUAGCCCCAAACCAUCAGAGCUGCCAGUUAAAAAACUGAGGCCUGUCACGUCGUCACCAACAAAACUUUAUGUUUACUCGCCCUCGAAAUCCCCCAGAAUGGUCGAGGUUGUGGAUGAGAUCUCCAUCGUCCCAGAAUGCAGUUCCUCAUUUUUUGAAUCUGCGAUUGAUUCUGUAACGAAGAAAUACUUUUCAUCUCUCUCUCCAGCACGCGUGCAGACGUCCCCACCAUCAAAACCAGCUUUGCCAGACGUGGGCCAUUUUACGCCGGACACCCAGACAUUUCCCAGCAUCAAAUUAAUUGUUGAGGAACCCACGGGUGAUGCGUCAACUGAAAACAAAAGUGCUUCAUCGGAGUCGCCCAACUUUUUAGAAGAAAUGCAUGUCACAGUUCACUCACAUAAUAAAGUAAGUGACGACGAUCGAGGGUUGGCCUCCCCCAAAACACCCGGUAGGGACCUGACACCCAUGCAUAGUUCUGCUUCAGGGUCAGAGGAGGUGGGUGAGGCAGUAGCUCAGUCUCUGCGUGCAUCAACAAACCCUGAAAGCACAGUGGAUGAAACCGCUCGGCUCUUGCAUCUUUCGUCAGAUGGCAGCCAUACGACAUCACCAGGUUAUGACAGUAUGCAGAAAGUUCCGCAGCGUGGGAUGAGAAACAAGAAACAAAGUCUUUCGGCACCGAGCACACCGGUUAGCUCCGUGUUCAGUUCUCAGAUGAAAAACUUGUGCGGCUUCGCCUGUGAUGUCCAGGAUAAAUCCUUAACCUGCAAGAUUUCCAGAGAGUUGCAGCUUCGUUUGAAGAAAUGUGAUUGGCUCGGCGUCAGCCCCGUUAAAUCUGUCAGCGCCAAAGAGGCACUGUCAGUGUUAACCUUGAGUAGACCCAGGGGUGCUGUUGGAACAACAGCGGCGGUGAGGAGGAACAUUUUUCAGAAUGAUGAUGAUGGCAGCUUUAGUAAAAAUGUAGUGCAGAGUCCAUGGCAGCAGAAACAAGAUGUGAUGCAAACCCCACAGCAGCAGAACAAAAAUGUGGUGCCGAGUCUACAGCAACAAAACAAAGAUAUGGUGCAGACCUUACGGCAGAACCACCCAAAACUAGUGGACAUUAAGAGUGAGCCUUCUGAGGAAAAUUCUUAUCAUUGUGCGGAUAAUGCGGGUUCAUCAUCAAGAAAUUCAGCACGUAAACGGAAAGAAUAUAGCUCAAUCAAUUCAUUGACUGUGAGUCUCAGGUCAAGGAAAAGGAAGUCUCAGCCCAAUGAAACAGAUAGUGACAGAAAGUCACACACUCAGGUAGAGCCCUUGAAGAAGGACUCGUGUCCCAUAGACCUCGUCGGCUUCUCAAAGGGCAGUUUGCUAAAGAAAUUAUCUGUCUCUUUAGAUAAUUGCGACUGGCUCUUGUUACCAGGGGCGGGCAGUAAGGUCAGUGCCAAGCAGGCCAUGGUGGACAUGAAAAAAUGUGUAGCUGCAAGGCGGUCCAGGGGUGAGAGACAAUUCUCAACAAAGACACUAGUCAGUGAACAGAUCAAGGCAGCUAACUCAGGUAUAGCAUUGUUAUCCAUGUUGGUAGGAAUGGGCACAGUAAUUAUUGUAGUCAUCAUCUGCCCCAACUGCUAAGUGAUUCUUCCAAUGUCAAAUUUUGAGCAGAUUAUCAUCUUAGAAUUAAAUAAUAUUUCAUUCAAUCAAUGUUGAUAUUUAAACCAUGAAACUGAAGUUUUUCAAUAGAACAACUUAAAUAUGUUAAGAAGUUUGUAUGAAUAUAUGAGGCUUACUACAUUUCUUCAUAGUUUGUGACAGUAUUAACCGGGGAUAGUGCAUUGGGAUAAUAUUUUAUUUAAUGAACAAAUAGUUCACUGAAAUUAUAGGGUCAUCUUUUUUUCUCCUAAAUGAUAAGAACACUAAUUGAUACUUUGUGCUUAUGAUCUCACUGGUUAACGGUGCUUCAAUUUUGUGCCUCUCUGAUCUCAUUAAUUCUGGUGGGGAUUAUUCUUGAAAAUGUUGAUUUUGUACAAGUGUGAGCUCAGCCCCACUCUAAAGGUGAUAAACCCAAAGUCCUGGCCAAACAUAUUAAAGUUGAAAACUCCACAGUCCCAUACAAACAGCCUAAAUGUGACCACCCUAAAGUCCUGUACAAACAGGCUAAAGAUGUCAACUCACAGUCCUGGCCAAACCUAUAACUUUUAAGCAUCUCCUAAACAUCUUUGAAUAAAAAAAACCUUAAAACUACUUUUACUAUUCCUUCAGAUGAUGUGACCAGGCCUAAAACAAACACCCUUGUUGAUCAUCUGUUUGGUGGGACCAUGAUGCAUCGCACAAAGUGUCUAGAGUGUGAGAAGGCCAAGGAGAGGCAAGAAGUUUUUAUGGACAUCAGCAUACCGGUUAGGAGUUUACAUGCAGGAGAUGUUGACAGUGAUGAGGAGGGAGGAGGUAAUGCAGGAGAUGUUGGCAGUGAUGAAAAGGGGGGAGAUGUUGACAACUUCUUUUCCCAUCUAUAGUUGUUAUUUUGUGCAUGUUGUGACCAUGUGCCAUUUUCCCACUGUCAUUUUAUUUUACAACAUCUACUAUAAAAAAAUCAUAAGUUUUCUCAACACUUGUGUCUUUGAAUUGUCUUUGUGUUGACCUCAGUCCAUCCUCAUUCCAACCAUCUUGUUGUGUUGACCUCAGCCCAACUCUCUUGUUGUGUUGACCUCAGUCCAACCCACUUGUAAAAUCCACAAUGUUGCCACAGAAAGAGAUCAAGUUGUCCAUAGAGCUAAAAACUAAAAAGAUGUUUCCAUAGAGAUGUCUAUUUAAAAAAAUUCUACUGUAGAGAGGUCUUAUGUUAAAAUUGAUACUUCCGUAGAGAUGUCUUAUGUUAAAGUUGUUGCUUCCAUUCCCAUAGAGGUUUCCAAUGACUAAACUGAUGUUUCCACAGAGAAGUCUGAAGAUUCCUGCCUAGACAAACUGAUGCAGGCCUUGUCCAACAUUGAAAGGUUGAAAGAUAACAACAAGUAUUUCUGUGAAGAAUGCAUCCAUUAUGUGGAGGCGGAGCGCUCUUGCCACUACACCACUCUGCCUCUCGUGCUCACUCUGCACCUGAAGAGAUUCGGUUCUGUUUCAGGGUUUGUCAUCUUUCGCCUUGUUGCUGCUCAACGCUAGAGAAACAUUUUUAUAAACAGUCAAAAGCAGUUUGACACCUUAUUUUUGCUAAAUGGUUUAGAAACAUUUUUAUAAACAGACAAAAGCAGUUUGACACCUUGGUAUGUCUGUGUCCUCCUUUCUGUUUUUUUUUUAAUAAGUCUAUUUUUUAUAAUUCGCACUUAAAAGGUCAGGAGUGGGGGGUUCCUGUCCAAGAUUUAAAAAGAAAAGACUGGCACCAUGAGAAAUAAAGUUGUGGCCAGGAAAAGAAUACUGAUACCUUACGAUCAAGUAAAAGUAAUGCUACACUUUAAUGUGACUGGUUUAACAGUAGUGUUACACUUCUAAUGUGAUGGGUUUAACAGUAAUGUUAAACUUGGCUUGUCACAUUUGUUACCUUAUUCAGCACAUUAAAAUAAACACAGAUUGUCCUCCAGGUGUGCAACUGAUAAGUUACUGAAUGACAGGAGAGACACUCGGCUUGUUGCAAAUUUCUAGCUGUAAAAAAAAAAUGAAUUGUUAAAAGGCUCAAAAAUCAUUGUUUGAUUAUGAUUUAUAAAAAUUCAAACCAUAGUGAAUUAUCCGAAGUCAGCAUUAUUAUCAAUUGACAGUAUCUUUCUUGUAAUGUAUUAGUACAUUAACAUGUAUUACUAUAAUGAAAUGUACAAUAAAUUUAGUGUAUUUAGUGUUUGGACGUACCAAAGAUAUGAAGAAGAGUACAUGAACACAAAGUGUUCAAAAUUAAACUCUAAUAGUAGCUUAAGAUCAGGAUGACUAAAGGGCAAAUGUGUGUACUACACAUCUAUACAUGGACAGUGUGUACAAGUGGUCUGUGGCAGAAUAAAAAACACAUGUGUGCAGAUUUAAAGCACUUUUUUGGGGCAGGUAGGGUGCAACUAUAUUAAUUUAUAUUGCAACACUAUUAAAACAUAACUCCUUUGAAAUAUACCAAAAUAUGUAUAUAUGUACUUACUGUGGAAAUAGAAGCAGUUACUUGUGUAAAAUAUGGGAAGAUAUGCAUAAUCGAUAAGCGCAACCUAAAAAACUAACAGCAUAUUGUGGGGUAAUCAAUGUGUUCUUUUGUGUUCAUGUUGAAGUGCAUGAAGAGGGAAGCAGUGAACGAUAGGGCAGCAUGAUGCUCAGUGAGAGCAGGGUAGACAGCAGGAUCCACUUGGUGAACUAUUUGUUUAUGUGUAUGAGUGUAAAUGAGUCUGUGUCAGAGCUUGCCCUUGGCAUCUACUUUUUCAGUUCUUAAAACUGAUGACCACUUUUUUUUCAAUUUCUCUUCAAGGCGUUUUGGUGGUGUUUCUAAGCUAAAUGACAAAGUGGAAAUACCACAGCACCUGCCAUGUUUACAGUACAAUUGUAAAAACACCUGUACGGACCCCACUCACAGGUUGGCCUUUGUCUAUUAAAUAAUGAAAAUUGAAUUCGGCUAAAUUCCUUUUUUUGUCGUCUGCUAGUUGCUCUCCUUUGUUAAAAUGUUAUUAAUGAGGUUCCCUCAAUGUUUUAUUCCACAGGUAUUCCUUGUUUGCGAUAGUCACACAUUCUGGCAUGAGUGUCUUGCACGGCCAUUACAGGUCGUAUGUCAAGAUCCAGCCUCUUGUCAGCCCAGAAGUGUUCGCCAACCUUUGCAAGAUGACCCUCAAAUCUGAACCUGUCAUGGGUGAUGUCCAGGGAGUCCUACCCGACUCUAAAAUUCAUCCGCCUGAGACAGACACCACCAGCCACUCGCCCAGACGGACCAACGCUAACUUCAACAAACACAUUAAAAAUGAGCGGAAGCAGGAAGUGAAACUUGAGGAGAGUGAUGCGCUCUUGUCCAGUGGGUCUGGUGAGACCAGCUCUGCCGAACAACUCAAGGGGGUCUCCAACAGCAGGGACACGCAGAGUCCUGGUGCAAACGAUCUGUCAAGUCAGGCGGGUUGGGACUGUUUCUGGUUGGAGUGUGAUGACGAGUGCAUCAGGGUGCUGGAGGAGGAGGAGUUCAUGGAGAAACUGGAGGAGAGGGAUGGGGCACUGAUGGGGACUCCUUAUAUACUGUUUUACCAUAAGAUGGUCUUGACUUAGAACUGGAGGAGAGGGAUGGGGCACUGAUGGGGACUCCUUACAUACUGUUUUACCAUAAGAUGGUCUUGACUUAGAACUGGAG